AUGGAGGCCCGCGCUCUCGACCCCUUCAAAAGGCCAUUCCUUCCUUUGACCUUAGUUAAUUACCUUCCUUCCAGUGUGCUCUUUGCCUUUCAGGCCAUGGAUUCUAUGCUUCAGAUACCGUCCCAUUCGCAGAUAGUCUAUCUCGAAGACAAGUCCGUCGUCGUUCGUUCGGUCCAGACGCUACAUAAGGAACGCCCAACAGUAUGCCGCUUGGAACUUGACCAACCUAGGCUUGGUCUUCCUGAAAAAGUCAUUGUGAAGCAGAAAAAGGAAGAUGGGGACGAUGAGUUCCGGAAUGAGACUCUUGCCUACGAGAGAUUAAAAGCGCUUCAAGGGACCUUGAUUCCAACUCUUUUGGGUCAAGGUUCUUUCAAUGGGCGUCCGGCGCUUAUUCUUUCGGUAGUCGAUGGGGUUUCCCUGCGUAAACUCGCCGAGACCGAUGUCGACGAGCAAACGGCGGAAAGUCAACUUGAAAAGGCUCUCAAGAUUCUACAUGAGAAUGGAGUCGAGUAUGGAGAUCCGAAUCUGGGCAAUUUCUUGUUCUGCAAAAACGGAGAAGUGGUGAUUGUUGAUCUCGAGGAAGUCUCGUUCCCUGAUAAACUUCGGCCUUGGGAAGGCAGUGUCAACCGGCGCAAUGCGGACUAUCUUAUGUGGAGGUUUAGGUAUAUUAGAGACCCAGAUCGUCCUCGAACACCUCCUGUAAUGACAGUGACGACAAGAGGACCUUUGAACGGGCUGGGCCAAGCGGUCCGUGGUAGUUGA